AACUGCACAAGACGGUUAGGGGCGCUGGUAGCCGCGCACUGAGUUUACGGGCCGUGCUACGGGCUAGUAGCAGGAGUGGGGAGCGCUAUGGCCGCCGGCGCUAAGUCCUUCCUGGCGGACGCGGGCUACGGCGAGCAAGAGCUGGACGCGAACUCCGCCCUCAUGGAGCUGGACAAAGGCCUCAGGUCUGGAAAACUUGGGGAGCAAUGUGAAGCUGUUGUCCGUUUUCCCAGGCUCUUUCAGAAAUAUCCAUUCCCCAUUCUCAUUAAUUCUGCAUUCCUAAAACUGGCUGAUGUUUUCAGAGUUGGAAACAACUUCUUGAGGCUGUGUGUCCUGAAAGUUACUCAGCAGAGUGAAAAGCACUUAGAGAAGAUCCUGAAUGUGGAUGAGUUUGUGAAAAGAGUUUUCUCUGUAAUUCAUAGCAAUGAUCCAGUUGCUCGAGCAAUCACACUCAGGAUGUUGGGGAGUAUGGCAUCCAUAAUCCCAGAAAGGAAGAAUGCACACCACAGUAUUCGCCAGAGCCUGGAUUCCCAUGAUAAUGUUGAGGUCGAAGCUGCUAUAUUUGCUGCUGCUAACUUUUCUGCGCAGUCAAAGGAUUUCGCUGGAGGAAUAUGUAACAAAAUCAGCGAAAUGAUUCAGGGUUUAGCCACGCCAGUGGACUUGAAGCUGAAGUUGAUCCCCAUACUACAGCACAUGCACCAUGAUGCCAGCCUGGCCUCUAGCUCCCGUCAGCUUCUCCAACAGCUGGUAACAUCCUAUCCUUCCACCAAGAUGGUCAUUGUUACUCUCCACACCUUUACCUUGCUUGCUGCUUCCUCUUUGGUGGACAUACCCAAACAGAUUCAGCUUUUGCUGCAAUACUUGAAAAAUGACCCGAGGAAAGCUGUGAAAAGACUUGCUAUCCAAGAUCUAAAGUUGUUGGCAAACAAAACCCCACAUACAUGGAGCAGAGAAAACAUUCAGGCACUCUGUGAAUGUGCUCUUCAAACUCCUUAUGAUAGCUUGAAACUAGGCAUGUUAUCUGUCCUUUCCACGCUGUCAGGAACUAUUGCCAUCAAACAGUACUUCAGCAUAGCUCCAGGAACAACAGCUACAACAGCAAGAUCAUUUGACUUAGUAAAGCUGGCACAGGAAUGCUGUUACCAUAAUAACCGUGGCAUUGCUGCUCAUGGUGUGAGAGUUCUGACUAAUAUAUCUGCUUCUUGCCAAGAAAAAGAUCUCCUGGCUUUGGAGCAAGAUGCGGUCUUUGGCCUUGAGUCUCUUUUAGUUCUUUGUAGCCAAGAUAGCAGUCCAGGUGCUCAAGCAACCUUAAAGAUUGCACUAACUUGUAUGGUGAAGCUGGCCAAGUGUCGUCCCCAUCUGAGCCAAUCGGUGGUUGAGUCCUUGCUGACACAGUUGCACAGUGCUCAGGAUGCUGCUAGAAUUCUCAUGUGCCACUGUUUAGCAGCAAUUGCCAUGCAGCUGCCUGUUUUAGGUGAUGGCAUGCUGGGAGACUUAAUGGACCUCUAUAAAGUGAUUGGACGAUCUGCUACAGAUAAACAACAGGAACUUUUGGUAUCCCUCGCCACAGUGAUAUUUGUUGCCAGUCAAAAAGCUUUAUCUUCUGAAGUUAAAAAUGUUAUCAAACAACAGCUUGAGAAUGUCUCCAACGGAUGGACAGCAUACAGGAUAGCCAGGCAGGCCUCCAGAAUGGGUAAUCAUGACAUGGCCAGAGAGCUGUAUCAAAGCCUGCUGACUCAAGUGGCUUCAGAACACUUCUACUUUUGGCUGAACAGUUUGAAGGAGUUUUCCCAUGCAGAGCAGUGUCUGACGGGGCUUCAAGAGGAAGAUUAUAGUUCAGCACUCUCUUGCAUUGCUGAAUCUUUAAAAUCUUAUCACAAAGGGAUAGCAUCGCUAACGGCUGCCAGCACGCCACUUAACCCUCUGAGCUUUCAAUGUGGAUUUGUCAAGCUCAGGAUUGACCUUCUGCAGGCUUUCUCUCAACUCAUCUGCACCUGUAACAGCCUAAAAACUAGUCCCCCACCUGCCAUUGCCACAACAAUCGCAAUGACAUCAGGAAAUGACCUCCAGAGAUGUGGGCGCAUCUCAACCCAGAUGAAACUCUCUAUGGAAGAAUUCCGUAACCUGGCUACACGAUAUGGGGAUCUGUAUCAGUCAUCUUUCGAUGCAGACUCGGCAACUUUAAGGAAUGUAGAAUUACAACAGCAGAGCUGCCUAUUGAUUUCGCAUGCAGUUGAAGCCCUGAUUUUGGAUCCAGAAUCUGCAAGUUUCCAGGAGUACACCUCGAGUGGAGCAGCACAUGUUGAGAGUGAAUAUGAAAGAAGAAUGCUGUCGGUAUUUAAUCAUGUGUUGGAGGAAGUGGAAUCAUUGAACAGGAAAUAUGCUCCUGUGUCUUACUUGCACACAGCUUGCCUAUGCAAUGCGGUUAUCGCUUUGUUGAAAGUUCCCCUUUCAUUUCAAAGGUAUUUCUUUCAGAAAUUGCAAUCUACAAGUAUUAAGCUCGCUCUGUCUCCAUCUCCACGGAACCCUGCAGAGCCCAUUGCAGUACAAAACAAUCAACAGCUGGCUUUAAAGGUGGAGGGAGUGGUUCAGCAUGGCUCCAAACCAGGUCUCUUCCGCAAAAUUCAGUCUGUCUGUCUAAACGUAUCUUCAACACUGCAGAGCAAAUCUGGACAGGACUACAAGAUCCCCAUUGACAACAUGACCAAUGAGAUGGAGCAGAGGGUGGAACCACACAACGAUUACUUCAGCACUCAGUUUCUGUUGAACUUGGCGAUCCUUGGCACCCAUAACAUCACAGUAGAGUCCUCUGUAAAAGACUUAAAUGGUAUUGUUUGGAAGACUGGGCCCAAAACCACCAUUUUUGUUAAAUCUCUUGAGGAUCCCUACUCCCAGCAGGUUCGCCUUCAACAACAGCAAGGACAGCCACCGUCGCAGCAACAACAGCAGCAGCAAAGAACCGCAUACUCGCGUUUUUAAGCGCCAUUAAUUUUCAUGGGGCUAGCCUACAGGCAUCUCACUUUGCUUGGAUACGAUGUCUUUUGGAGACAUUUAAACGCUUUGGCAGUCCCACCAGUUUCCUCCUCUGUGUUCUUAGUGCCAUUAUUGUUGCACUUAAACUAGUCAUAUGGACCACACUGAGGCUAUGUCCAUGAUACAAGCUAUAAGGUUGUGAUUCCCAUCUUGUAUACACACAUUCCCGCUAACUUGAUGAGAGCUAGCAUGAGAGUAAAUAGUAGUGUAGCCAUGGUAGCAUGGUUUAACCAUACCGAGUACAAACCCGCCUGAACACCAUGGGUGUGUAUUCAGGAUGGCUUAGCCAUCCUGCCAGUGCCCACACUACUGUAGCUUCACUGCUAUUUAUAUUCAUGCUGCACUUAUCACUGCAAAUAUGUCUACACAAGCUGGGAAUCACACCCCUUGGUCGUGUAGACAGCCUCAGUCCUGGUGUAAAUAGGUGCAACUUGGGUUAAGUCUGGAGUUCCAUUUUUUAUACUAGGUCUACAAUUUGUCCCCCCAGCGGUAUAUUCUACAAGACCAAUGGGCAGCAGCGCUCUAUGAAAUUUGCCAGUUGGGGAGACUGUGAGAGUUGUGUGGAUAGAACCUUCCUUGGUAACCUAGCAUAUCAACUCUGCUAUGCACCUGACUGCCAUUUCCUGAGGAGCAUACGUUCUGGUGUUUGGGCUUUCAGGCCACCUGCUAACAGCCUGGGCAAUUCAAUACAAAACAAAACAGUGUUACACAAGGUGGGUGUCGUAAUGUGAAGCUGUUGGCAGGAGUGUCCGGACAUCAUACUGGAUAGUUAUAGUAAUAAUUUUGUUAUUUGUGAAGCUGAAAAAUAUUGUGGUAGCAUUCCAGCCAACAGCAUUGUAUUUAAUGUGCACACAGCGCUGUCUUUGCUCAUUCUCUUGCCUCUGUAUGUACUUGUCCUGAAGGGAUGUCAACUGGAGAACAGAGAAAUUACUUUUAAAAGGGAAGGGAAGUUUCAGUGGUGGGAACAAAUAUGAUUGGUUGUGCCUCCUCAAACAGGAGGAUAGAAAUGGCUUUUUUGUUUCAUUUUUAUCUGCCUUUGCAAGGCUUUGUUUACUUUUAAUUUCUUUUUUGAAAAGAGGAAACGUUAAUUUGUAAAUCUGUUUAAUGUUUAACGUUUUAAUUAGGGGACUAUUAAAUGCCAAAGCUCUGGUG